AUGUUUCAAGGCUCCGGGGAGAUCGUUGUGGAUAUCCGGCUCAAGCGCAAGGACAGAACCUAUAGGCCCACUGACAUCUUGGAAGGCACGCUCGUGGUGAACACUCCAGAAGCAUGGGACUGCAAGUCCGUCAAUAUCAGCUAUUCCGGAGUGUACCUGUCGAUCGGGUACCACAUCAGCGCAAAGAUCGAGCGCGGAAUGAUGCGCAACGACCUCUCCAAGAAGAUCGAGUUUAUGGUCGAGGUUCCCGGAGAGGCAGCAAGCCCAGCAACGGAAGUACCCUUCGAGAUCACCCCGGAGACGCUAGAGUACGCACCCAAGCGUUACGGCCGACAGCGGCGAUUACGGCCCUUUCGAGUGUCGGGAAGGCUGCAUAGCGCCACCGUCUCCACGAGCCGGCCGCUUACGGGGGAGGUGGUUGUCGAGGAGUCGGAGCGCCCGAUCAAGUCGUUGGAGGUGCAGCUAGUGAGAGUCGAAACGGUGUCCCAGGCGCAAGGCCAGCUACGGGAGGCGACGGAGAUUCAGAACCUCCAGAUAGGGGAGGGGGACGUGUGCCGAGGCCUGGUGAUCCCGAUCUACAUGGUGCUGCCGCGGCUGUUUUCCUGCCCCACGAUGGUGACCCCGCGGUUCCGUGUGGAGUUCGAGCUGAACGUGAUCGUCUGUUUCGCGGAGGCGGAGGGUUACACGGCCACGCAGAAUUUCCAGAUACUGUUGGUUUGAAAGUGAGACUGACGGAAAGAGUGUGAGGGUGAUACGGCCAUGAAGAAUUUCCAGGUGCUGUGUUGGUGUAUGAGAAAAGUGCGAGAGUGAUACGGCCACGCGGGAUUUCCAGAUACUGCUGCUGGUGCGAGGUGAGAAUGGUGGAAGGGUCUUGAGGGUGAUGCGGCCACAAAGGAUUUCCAGAUAUGGUUGGUGUGAUGAGGCAAGAGGGGAAAUAGGGUGUCACGUGCGAGGGUUUUACAGCCUCGCGGAAUGUCCAGAUACUACUGCUAAAGCAGUAGUUGGUUUGGUGAGAAUGACGAAAGGGUGUGAGGGUUGCACGACCACGCAGAAUUUUCCAGAUGCUGAGAAUGGCAAACGAGCGUGACUUGUUGGCUCGAUUUUGUCUUUCGUUGUUGUUUGUGCCAUGCGCCUUAAACUCGUGACCAUGCCCAGGCUUGAUUGGAUGUUGUCGCGAGAUACCCCUUCCGGAGUAAGUGAUGCAGCGAUGUGGCGCCAUCGAUGUCGUUGGUAAAUCUCCGAGGGUGGAAAUCGAUAGUUUUUGCCUCGAACUGCUGCACGACGGGGUUUUUUUUUUCGCCGCGCGACUAAUUUAGCGCUCGUCUCCCUCUUCCUGAACGGUGUAGGUGGUAAAUCGUGUGGGUGUGGUAUUCCACGUGCAACAGCGGAGGGUACCUUGGGUAUCCUUAGGCGCUCAUCGCCUGGCCUGGCUGUCUUUGUGUUAGUCUGCAGCAGUUGUGCAGCGCGGCACAGAACAGCACCGGAUGAUGAGAUAAGCAGAGGAAUUGCAAUCGCAAUAAGUGAACCGAGCCGGCGCAAAAACCAAAGCACCCGCAAUGAGGGUUCGAGCCCACUCGUCUCCCUGUUCCUUGAGAGAGUCAAACUCAGAUGUUACACAUAUACCAUCCUUUUGUUGCUCAUUUUUGUGUGAAUGUUUU